AUGCUGGUGCCCGACAUCGGUGACCUGCCACUGUCGCUCUCGCUGGGGGUGCUGGGAAUGCCGGGAGCCACCGCCUACUUCGGACUGCUCGACAUCUGCCAUCCCAAGCCUGGGGAGACGAUGGUCGUGAAUGGCGCAGCAGGUGCUGUGGGCUCCAUAGUGGGGCAGAUAGCCCGCAUCAAGGGCUGCAAAGUCAUCGGUAUAGCGGGCUCUGACCUAAAGGUUAAGUGGCUGAAGGAAGAACUAGGUUUCGACCACGCCAUCAACUACAAGACCGCAAACUUGGACAAGGCCUUGAAGGAGGUGGCUCCUAGAGGUGUCGACGUCUUCUUCGACAACGUGGGAGGGGAGCAGUUCGACGUAGUGAUCAGCAACAUGAGGAAGGGCGGUCGCAUCUCCCUGUGUGGAUUCAUCUCCAGCUACAACGAGUCAAAGCUCCCCACGAUGCCCGCCAUCCACAUGCACAUGAUUGGCAGGGAGCUUAGGAUGGAGGGCUUCUUGGUCAGUCGAUGGUGGGGUCGCUGGGACCAGGCCUUCAUGGAGAUGGCGCAGUGGAUCAGGGAGGGAAAGCUCAAAUACCGGGAGACCGUCACGGACGGCUUCCAGAACAUCCCACGAGCGUUCAUCGGCAUGCUGAGGGGAGAAAACUUGGGAAAAGCCGUUGUAAAAGUGUGA